UACUUUCAUCUCUCAAAAGGCCCCCCAACCUCCUCUACUACUUUCUGAUCUAAUCCGAUCUCCCUCUCAACGUAUAUUUCAUCUUCCAAAUUAGUCAUAUAUCCCGAAACAAAACAAAAAAACAUGUACGAUUUUGGGGAUGAUGAGCUUUCAAUAGAAACCUACAUAUCAAUUCCUUGGCUCAUAUGGAGUCAGCUGAUCUUGAUCCUGAUCCUCCUCUUCUUUCUCCUUUACUGCUUCACCCUUUUGGUCCCUGCAGAUCACUCCGACCAAACUACCAGUACUGCUUCUUCUACAUCUACGAGUCAGCUCGUUUCCAACGAAACCCAGAGACAUAGGUCGAUCCCUAACCGCAAUACCACAACAAAUGUUACAAAUUCAUGCUUAGAGACUAUUACUCAGGUCGGAGGAGGAAUGAUAAAGAGAGAAAUAGGGACAAGCAUGGGUAGAAGAAGUAGAAGAUUGGUGAGAGAAGAAGAAGAUCAUCAUGUUACAGAAAGCUGGGAGUCAUCAUCAUCUGCAUUAACCCCUAAAUAUCAUCACCCCUGCGAUUAUUUCAGGCAGGCUACAAUAGCAUUUUUGAAGUGUUUAGGCUUUGACUCCACUUAUGAUCAGAAUUCCUUUAGGAGAGAGACUUAAAUGUAUGAAAAAUUAUAAGUGAAAAUCUCACAAAUUAAUUA